AUGAUAAUUUGUAGAAGCUUGGCAAACAUUCAUGAGGAUUUGAAGUAUCUGAUGUGUAUUUUGCCUGCUUACAUGGGGAUUGGCGGGGAGAAGUAUGUUUUGUCGAGGAUAAGGCAUAGAAUGCAUCGUGACGGAGACGGAUUGCUGAAGAUGGUUUUUUGCGGCAAGUGCCUACACGUGUAUGUUCCUGUUGUAAAUAGCAGGGUGUGGAGUGAGAAUGACAAGCUUUUUGUGGAGUGUACUGGAUGCAAUGUGAAGACUGAGAGUAAGAUUGAGCAGGAUGCAUGCACUGUAAGAGCAUAUGGAAACGAUUCUGCAGAGACAGAGGUGUUUGAGUAUUUUUUUGUAUGA